UCCGAAAAGCAGGCGUUAAAACAACAUCGCACGCGGUAACUAACGUAAACGUUUACCAUAGUUUUGGUAUUUGUUUCAUAAAAAUUAGAUAAAAUAAGAUCAAAAUGCGAGAAAUAGUGCACAUACAAGCUGGACAAUGCGGUAACCAAAUUGGCGCAAAAUUCUGGGAAGUUAUUUCCGAUGAGCACGGCAUUGAUCCCACUGGAACCUAUCACGGGGAUUCGGACUUACAGCUAGAAAGAAUAAACGUUUAUUAUAAUGAAGCUACCGGUGGGAAGUAUGUGCCCCGAGCCGUGCUCGUUGAUCUCGAGCCUGGCACCAUGGACUCCGUCCGUUCUGGUCCAUUCGGACAAAUUUUCCGGCCAGACAACUUUGUCUUUGGACAAAGCGGAGCAGGAAAUAACUGGGCCAAAGGCCACUACACAGAAGGCGCCGAACUAGUCGAUUCAGUAUUAGAUGUGGUUAGGAAAGAAGCUGAAGGAUGUGAUUGCAUGCAGGGCUUCCAGCUAACGCACUCGCUAGGCGGUGGGACUGGAUCGGGAUUAGGUACUCUGCUAAUUUCGAAAAUCCGUGAAGAAUAUCCGGAUAGGAUUAUGAACACGUUCUCGGUAGUACCGUCCCCGAAAGUAUCAGAUACUGUGGUCGAGCCCUACAACGCAACACUGUCCGUUCACCAACUGGUGGAAAACACCGACGAAACCUACUGUAUCGAUAAUGAGGCUUUGUAUGAUAUUUGCUUUAGAACCCUGAAACUAACCACUCCAACGUACGGCGACUUGAACCAUUUAGUUUCGGCCACAAUGUCCGGCGUAACCACUUGUCUAAGAUUUCCCGGUCAACUCAACUCAGACCUACGAAAACUUGCUGUAAACAUGGUUCCAUUUCCUCGCCUGCACUUCUUUAUGCCUGGCUUUGCACCUUUAACAUCCAGAGGUAGUCAACAGUAUCGCGCCCUCACAGUUCCCGAACUGGUUCUUCAGAUGUUCGACGCCAAAAACAUGAUGGCAGCUUGCGAUCCCCGUCACGGACGAUAUUUAACCGUUGCUGCCAUAUUUAGAGGGCGAAUGUCCAUGAAAGAAGUCGAUGAACAAAUGCUGAACAUCCAGAACAAGAACAGCAGCUAUUUCGUAGAAUGGAUCCCCAAUAAUGUGAAAACUGCUGUGUGUGAUAUCCCUCCAAGAGGCCUCAAGAUGUCCUCAACUUUCAUCGGUAACUCCACUUGUAUUCAAGAACUUUUCAAGAGGAUCUCAGAGCAGUUCACAGCCAUGUUUAGGAGGAAGGCAUUUUUGCACUGGUACACAGGCGAGGGAAUGGACGAAAUGGAAUUUACUGAAGCCGAAAGCAACAUGAAUGACUUAGUUUCUGAAUAUCAGCAAUACCAAGACGCGACUGCUGAGGAGGAAGGCGAGUUCGAUGAGGAAGAGGAGGCCGAUGAGGGAGAAAAUUAGAAGUAACACACUUCGCUUUUAUACUUAAGACUCGCUGUUGAUUAAAUCUUCAAGUAUACGUUUGUAUUCUGCCUGACAUAUUUAAACAUUGCAACAUGUCAAGCACCUGCCCAAGUUUUCGAUGUAUUAAAUACUUUACUGUAUUAA